CUCAAUCAUUUUUAGCUGCUCCGCCUGCCGCUGGGGCCGUACAACCGUCAGGUAUCGAUGCACUCGCAUCCCUAGUAGGAAUGUUCCAUAUAGUGUGACACCGAUACAGGUAUAUACUACACCGCGAUGCAAUUUAUCCAAUAUAUUAUUCACGCGAACUCGCUUCUUUUGCAUUUUUAUUAAAACUCAAUUUUGCACCCGGCAAUUAUAAGCUCGUUUUAUAAAACAAUCUCAAUCAGCUGCUUUCGCUGUCAGCGCACAACUGCGGGUUGCCAACAUUUGUUCUGCUAUGUAAAAUAACUGAGUGACAGUAGCAUAAAAAAUCCGUAAGAGUAGCAGAAAAGGUUAGUUAAAACAAAUCCUCAAUUAUUUCGGCACCACUUUUCCAAAAUUCCACGUUAAUAUGGAGGCCAUUCCCGAUCAGAAACACUACAACCUAACACACUAUCAACAACGAUUCAAUUGGGAUUGCGGCAUUUCCUGCAUCAUCAUGAUUCUGUCGACAUCGCAACGUGAAGUACUAUUACACGAUUUCGAUAAGAUUUGUGCGGAGGAAGGCUUUGGUUCCAGCACAUGGACAAUAGAUUUGUGCUUCCUGCUAAAACGCUUCCAAGUGCGUCACGAAUACUACACCAAAACGUUGGGUAUCGAUCCAAGCUACAGUGAACAUAGUUACUAUACGAAAAUCAUCAAUAAGGACGAAAAACGUGUUACGCGCAAGUUUCAAGAAGCGCGUCUACAUGGCGUACGAGUCGAGCAGCGUACAAUAGAAAUGGAAGAGCUGUUACAGCAUUUAGGAAAACGAGGGCCUGUGAUAUUGUUAACCAACGCGUCAUUACUGACGUGUGAAAUUUGUAAAAAGAAUGUAUUAGAGAAAUUCGGUUGUUUCCAACUCUCUUGUAUCGUUAACAAUACACGCACACCCCAAAGUUAUGCAGGCCACUAUAUUGUGCUUUGUGGCUACGAUUUGAAAUCUCAGCUGAUUUUCUAUCACAACCCGGAAGUGCAGGACGAACACGUCUGUCGCUGCACAGCAGCUGCAAUGGAUAUAUCGCGGAAAGCCUAUGGAACAGAUGAAGAUGUCAUACUGAUUUAUCGGAAUUGAAGACAAUCGUAUUAACACUAAAAGAUGAUAGAAUUAGUUUCCUGUUUUGCUAUCUUAUGUAUACAGGGGGACGUAUUACCUUUAAAGACCUGUUAUAAUGCUUAGAGUUUGAUAUGAAAAAAUUAAUCGGUACGAUUACUUGUUACAGUAUUUACAAUGUUUAAGCCAACGCAUUUUUUUUUUUACCGGCUUAACAAAAGCAUUUUUGUUGCCAGUCUUUAAUCGCUAGUUCUAUUGUUUGUUGCGUCUGCUUGUGCGUCCCCUUCUUGGCUUUUCUCAUUUGAAACUAAAACUAGCAAAACAAGAAUUCAUCUAUCCUCAUGCUCAAGUACUAGAAGCUUACCAAAAACACUUUCAACUUCAGUUUUACAGAAAGCGUAAAUUGUAUUUGUCAAUGGUAGCGAGCUAAAUAUUGUGAUAAAAAAUAAGUGCAAAUAAUGUAUAAUUGCUGAAACCAAGUA